AUGCUUCUCAGUAAUCUCUCAAUCUUUUUAUUUGUCGCUUGCGGUACAUCGUACACAGCGUCUGAACCUCACACUCAUCACUAUAAGGAAAAUCAGACCCCGGCCAAUCAGCAAACCUACAUUAAGCCGCUGCCAUGUAAUGCCAUCAUUCCAGCACCUUCCGAGCAAAUCACCAGUCAACGAUUCCACCAAUUUGUUUACGACUUCGUCGUUAGGAAGGAUUUAAGCGGAGCUUUCUCUCUAAUAUCCUCCAACUAUAGAAAUCAUCACCCUGGUGUAGAGGAUGGCCCCGAUGCAGUCUGGGAGUUUUUAUCCCCAAUCUGGCCCGAUACCACCUUUCAGCUCCGUCGAACUAUGUUCAAAGGCAACUUUGGCUGGCUGAACUACCACUCUUCUACUGCUGGAGAAAUCAUUGACAAGUUCCGAUGGGAGAAUGGUUGUAUUGUUGAGCAUUGGGAUGAUGGAGAGGUCUGGCCUGCUGCAAUAGUACAUGAAGAACUCUAG